CUGUUACUGAAAUACCUUUCUCAACCAUAAACUGCUGUUUAAAACAUGAUCUUAUUGUACAGAGCAUUUCCAUAAUUGAAGAAAUAAGUAUCUGUGGGGCAUCUAUGAAUUCUGUUUCCAGACAAGACACACGAGGAACAAUGAACUGGUUGGAUGAGGUACCUUUCAAGAUCCCUGCUGGAAGAGAAGAAUCAAAGGAGAUGGAGGCGGUCACUCCUCCAGAUCUGAAUAUCCCCGACUUCCUCAACAUAUUGGAUGCAACACAAUAUGAGUUCAUCCAGGAGAGGUGGGUGCUGCAGUGGGCAGAGAGGAGCGCACCUAAGACCAUGCCAUCCUGUCCACCCUACUGGAUGGUGUUCUCCACCACCGAUGAAGGGACGUGCUGGAGCCCUGCUGAGGCACCGAGGCGAAGGAGCAGGAGUUUAAGUGCAGCGGAUUGUAACCUGGGCCCCCCCAGGGCCAAGUUAGUGAUAUCGGACUCCGAGAGCGACGGUGGCUACUCUGACGAUGACGAGCGCUCCUCGUCCGACGACCGGGAGGAACUGUCCAUCAGGCCAUCGUCUUACGAGUCGGCACGGAGGAGCAGGUUCCCGGUGCUGAAAGACGGGUGCCAGUUUCAGGGGCUGAAAGAUUUCAGACCCGGUUCCUCUCCGUUCCUGUUAAGCCACCAGUCUCCCACCAACUCACCAAGACAAAGGAGGAACUCCCUGUAUUUACAGCCGUCCUCGUAUCAUGACUUGGAGGUGUUGGAGAGACAGCGGGUGAGCAGUCCUCUGUGCCAGAACCUGAGGAGACCCAAGAGGAGGCACCUCCAACUGUGUCACUGCGGCCGCAAUUCUUCUCUGGGGUUUCCCACCCCACAGCCUCCAUCGUCCCCGCUAUCAGCACACCUCCAGCCCAGGCCUGCCACUGCCGGUCAUAUUCCUGCAAUCAGGAACCAUAAACCCACACACCCGUCCCUGAGCCCUUAUUCCUGCCUCCCGCCCCCUCCCUCUGCCUCUCGACCCCUCAGUUCCCACACAUUUUACCCAGACUCCUCAGCGGACCUGCUGCUGGCUCUCAGCCAGGAGGAGCGAGACCUGCUGGAGCCCGUCAUUGGUCAGGGCUAUCCCAUGCAUGCGGCCAUCUGGGCUCUCCAGAAGAUUGGGAAACAGAGCCCUGACCAGAUCCUUGGUUACCUCGUCGCCUGUGACCGGCUGUGCAAGCAGGGCUAUGAAGAGGUGCAGGUGGAGGAGGCCCUGGAAAUGUUUCAGUACAGCGAGACAAAGGCUGCCGAGUUCUUGAAUCUGUUGACUCAGUUUCAUGAGAUGGGGUUUCAGCAGAACGAAAUCAAGGAGGUCCUGCUGGUUCAUGAAAACCACAGGGAGCGAGCCCUGGAGGAACUCAUGAUGCGUGUGGAAUAAUUCAGUCAAACUGCAUGCAGCACUACCAGCAAAUGAAACCAUAGCCCCAAAUGGGUUACAUUACCACUAUUAUUCACAUGCUUUAUGUGCUGUUUUUUUCUGUGUCAGCCCUUUUCUUUUAGUUAAAAUGUUUUUUUUUGUUUUUUUAAAUAAAAGCUCGCACUUCACAGGGGAUUACAAAGUCUUUUUCUUGUAAACUCUCCUGAGAUUUAUAGCCCACAGAUACUUAUUUAUUGAUUGCUGUUAUUAUUAUUAUUAUAUUAUUAUUAUUAUUCAUUUUGUGUAUCAAAUUAACCGAAGGGUUACUGUAGUGCUAAUUUAGUAUUCCAGUCUUGCGUCAUACUGCUGUAUGCUAUAACUUGCCAUUGUACGCCUCAUCAUGAUUCAUGAUUGUUACUGAUUAAACGCUGGUACUGUACAGGGGUAGAAAUCUGACUCCUAAUGCAUAGCAGUUUCACCCAUUCCAGGUUUUGACAAUCCGCUUCAGUUUGAUCAUAAUAUGUUCACUUUGAAUUUAAAAGUGUGAAUUUGUUUUUGUAUGAAAUGUAUUAUUACUGAAAUUGAAUGUAAUGGGACAUUGACUCAGUGUAUUAUACUGUGAUCAUUGUUAUAUGAAUCAAAUAAAUCCUUUACUCUCCAUUUAGUGUGUUUGUUUUACUAGCUGGA